GCCAAGGCAAGGUCCCCGCUCUCUGCUUCAGUGUUGUUUCUCCAGUCAGCAAGAGUUGUACCGAGGUGAACCUCAUUGGAUCUACAUCGCUCAGGUUACAGUGAGAAAUGGGGUCUUGUUUGUGUGGGGACAAAGUGGAGCCGGAGGAGAAAGAUGACUUUGACGGGCCAGUCUCUAAGAGGUCUUGCACAAACACAAUAUGGAUUCUCAUCUUUGCUGCUGCCUUUAUAUGUCUCUUUGGACUUGUUGGUCAUUGUAUUGCCAAUGGAAAUAUCUUCAGGAUCAUUUAUGGUUAUGAUAACUGCGGAAACAUCUGUGGAAUGAAGAAUGAACCAGAAAAUGAUCCCAAGUUCAGCUGUAAAGGAGUGGAUAUGACAGAAAAAAAGUAUCUGCUGGUAAAAGGUGCGAAGUAUAUUAUCAAUCCAAAGAAUGUGUACAAAGAGUGUGUCGCAGAUUGUAGUGCGUUUCCAGAAUACAGAAAGUUUCUGAGAAGAUGUAUUCCUAAAAAUACCUCUGGAAUUGUGAACAGCUUUUUCUCCAAAACAGGUCUCACGGAUUUUUUUCUUGAGGUUUCGGAGGAUUUGCAUUUGACUGCAGUGUAUUUGUUGCUUUUGUCACUUUUUGCUCUAGGAUUAUCCUUCUUGGUUCUGUUUCUUCUACAAUAUGUUGCUGGAAUUGUUGUAUGGUUUGUUCUUAUAAGCACAGUAGUAGUGAGUAUUGCUACUGUCUUUUAUUUAUGGACUGUUUAUGCACAAAAAAGAGCAGUAGAAGAAUCUCAGAGUAAUAUUAUUUUUAAACGAAUAUCAAAUACAAAUCUAGUUUAUGCCAUUAUUGCAACUAUUGUAAUGUUCAUUAUCAUUUUAAUUAUACUUGUUAUGAGGAAGAGAAUAAAAUUGGUUGUCCAACUUUUUAAGGAAGCAGGAAAGGCUAUUUCAUCAAUGCCACUACUAAUACUUCAACCAAUUGCUACAUUCAUAGCACUUACAAUAACGGUUUGCCUGUGGUUUUACUUUUCAUUGUGGAUUGAAAGCUCUGGAUAUUUGUAUGAUGAUGGGUCACCUUAUUUUUUUUAUAAAAAAGACAGCACAAUGAAGGUCACAAGAUGGUAUAACCUUCUUGCUAUGUUCUGGAUGACACAGUUUUGCAUUGGUUGUCAGCAUAUGGUGAUUGCUGGAGCAGUUGCUACCUGGUUUUUCACAAGGGAUAAAUCUACGUUAGCCAAACCAAUCCAGUUGAGCACUGGAAGGUUGAUAAGGUACCAUCUUGGUUCAGUCGCACUUGGAUCACUUAUGAUUGCUUUGGUUCAAUUCGUAAGAGCUAUCUUCAGUUUUAUUUAUUACCAGACAAAAGAUAAUACUGGAGACAUUGGUAAGGCAAUAUACAAAGCCUGUCAGUGUUGUUUGUACUGUUUUGAAAAAAUUCUGACCUACAUAACAAGAGCUGCAUACAUUGAAAUUGCAAUAUAUGGCAACAAUUUCUGUUGGAGCGGCGAACAAGCUAUGAAGGUGCUUACUAAUAAUUCUCUCAGGGUUUUUGCCAUCAAUUCUGUCGGUGACUUUGUUCUUUUUCUCAGCAAAGUUCUUGUAGUUUCUUUUACUGUUCUAAUUGGAUAUUUCGUCUUUGAGCAUAUGGAAGGUAUUCAGCAUAUAUGGGUAAUACUAUGUCUUCUUGCUAUUUUCGCCUAUCUUAUUUCUCAUUGCUUCAUUUCUGUUUAUGAAAUGGUUAUUGAUACCAUAUUUAUUUGUUUUUGUGAAGAUUGUGAAAUGAAUGAUGGAGUGGAAAAGCCUUACUUUAUGAGCUCUGGACUUAUGGAAUUUGUUCAGAAUACUAAAAAAGUGUUAGCUGUUGGAGAUGCAACUACAUGAAGAAUUCCUCAUAAUGAUCCUGUUUGUAAAUCUAUGACACGAUAUCAUUCAUGUGGGAAGAAUACUUGACAAUUUUCUCUGUUCUAAGAGAGAAAAGAUUAAUCACAUAUGUGAGAAAAUUGGAAAAAUAUUUUGAUUAGAUAUUAUAGUUUGCUGAAAAAUGGUUAAAUGCAUUAAAUAUGAAAAAUCCUAAAGUUCCAAUCAAAUAAAAAGAAACCACAGUUGACAGUUAAAUGUUUUUGUAGAUUAUAUAUGUAUGUAGUUGACUGAUUGGAUAAUGUAAGAACUUUAUCUGUAAUUGUAUUUAGGUUAUAUGUUAUUUUUGUUACUUUUAUAUAAAAAUCAAUAAGUACAUUAUGAUGUUUGUUACAAUUGAUUAGCAACCCCGAAUUCCUUUGAAAAAUGAAAAAGGACCAAGUUAGAUCUCAAUUGUUUUUGGGUCCAUAAAUUUUAUACUUGUUAAAUAUUUAUAGUUCACUCAAUUAACUGCAUUCAUGAGAUGGCACUGCAAUAAUCUAAUUUUAAAAUUCUCGAGUAACUGUUGUCUUCCCUCAGAUAUUUUACAAACAAACAGUUUUCAAGGUAGUUUGAUUUAAAUGAAUUUGUAACAUUAGUUUUUGUGAAUUUAUACAAAAAAGUAAGUUUGCUGCAAAAUUGGAUGCCUUCCAAAAUUGUAGGUACAAGUUAUGGCUUAACAAAUAUUCACAAACUACAUAACAGAUUUUAAUUAGUUUUUAACUAAUUAAAUUAUAGAAAAAUAUUUUUAAAAAACAUAAAUGCAAAUUAUAUUUUUAUUUACUUUUGCAGCAACAGGAUUUGUUUUUGAGGAAUAAAAUAUUCAAGGAAGUGUGGAUAGUAGAUAUUUAAAUUUAAAUUAAGACAAUGUGUUUGUCUGGAUAACAUUUUAAAUGUAAUUAAUUAUUAAUAUAUAUUUAUCUCAAAUAACUAUGCAAUGUUCAGAGAAAACAGUAUAGUUUAAUUAUAGAAGUUUUAGCACUUUAUAUAAUUUUUUAUUAUUUGCAAUAUUAUUGUAAAACAAUAAAUUAAUUUUUUUAUAAUA